UCCUUAGGGGUAGCAUGAAAGUAUCCGUAGGGUUAAUAGCGAGGCAGCGGACAGAACAUUUAGUGCGUUUUCGAGAGAGUCGAUGAUGACAAGGCAAUCCACGUGUAUAUAUAUAUAUAUAUUUUGAAGCAAAAGUCCAAUGUGGUCUCAACUUUGAAUCCAAUCCAACUAUCAAUCAAUAAUCUCAUCAUCAGUGAAUUGAAUUGAUGGGGACUGCAUCAUCUAUGCUUACUCAAUAUGACAUCGAGGAAGUUCAAGAACACUGCAAUCAUUUAUUUUCUCAGCAGGAAAUAGUGUGUUUGUAUCAACGCUUUUGUCAACUUGACAGAAAUGCUAAGGGAUUUAUUUCAUCUGAUGAAUUCUUAUCCAUCCCUGAAUUUGUUAUGAAUCCACUUUCACAGAGGCUACUCAAGAUGGUUGAUGCUUUGAAUUUUAAAGACUUUGUGGCCUUUUUGUCUGCAUUCAGUUCCAAAGCUAGUACACACCAAAAAAUUGAACUUAUUUUCAAAGUAUAUGAUUCAGAUCAUAAUGGAAAGGUGUCUUUCAAAGACAUGUUGGAAGUUCUAAAAGAUUUGUCUGGUUCAUACAUGUCUGAUGAGCAGAGAGAGGAAGUCCUGAGCCAAGUUCUCAAAGAAGCAGGAUACUCAAAAGAUUGUUACUUGACAUUGGAUGACUUCAUUAAGGUUCUUGGUCAUUCUGGCGUGAAAAUGGAUGUUGAAGUCCCUGUUGAUUAAAAUUUUCCUGCAGUUUUCCCUGUGAUCUUGCAAGAUGAAAUUGUUAACUGUAUUAAAGAUGCCAUUCUUGUAAUAUAUAGCUCAUGUGGAAAUGAGAAGUGCACAAAAUACAGUUGUCCCCUUUCUUCUUGGGAUUUGUAAAACAAUUGUCUUCCGGCCACUAGUCCCAUUGAAGCCAAUUUGAGUAGUUUUGUUUAGCAUGACUCAGGUUUUUGCAUUCCUUGACAUGUUUUACAACCUUUUUUGGGUCCCCGAAUUCAAACUUCAAGUAAUUCUUUUUAUAUGAAGCUUCAAAUUUGUUUGAACAA